AAGUGUCCAAACACAGAGAAAAACUCCCGCUGAAGGGACUGAUCUCCACACUGUUAUAAAGAUGGCGUUUAUUAAAGAGGAGAGUGAAGAUGUGAAGAUUGAAGAAACAUUCAGAGUCAAACAGGAAGAUCUGCAGGAACAAACAGACCUAAUUGAAGAGAAUGAGGGGAGUAAAGAGGAACAUCAUGUCAAAAUUGAGGAAAAAACUCAUUUACAGACUGAUGAUAUUUUGAAAAGUAGAGACAAGAAUUGUUUCACCUGCACCAGCACUCAGUGUGGGAAGAGUUUUGAAAGACAAAGCAGUCUUAAAAUUCACAUAAGGAUCCACACUGGACAGAAACCAUUUACUUGCACUCAGUGUGGGAAGAGUUACAGCCAGUCAUCAUCCCUUAAUAAACACAUGACGGUCCACACUGGAGACAAACCAUUUACUUGUACUCGGUGUGGGAAGAGUUUCAGCUAUUCAUCAUCCCUUAAUCAACACAUGAGGAUCCACACUGGAGAGAAACCACUCACUUGCACUCAGUGUGGGAAGAGUUUCAGUCAAUCAUCAUCCCUUAAUAAACACAUCACAGUCCACACUGGUGAGAAACCAUUUACUUGCACUCAGUGUGGGAAGAGUUUCAGCCAGUCAUCAUCCCUUAAUCUACACAUGAGGAACCACACUGGUGAGAAACCUUUCACAUGCACUCAGUGUGGGAAGAGUUUCAGCCAAUCAUCACACCUUAAUGAACACAUGAUGACCCACACUGGAGAGAAACCAUUCCCAUGCACUCAGUGUUGGAAGAGUUUUAACUACUUAUCACACCUUAAUCAACACAUGAGGGUCCACACUGGAGAGAAACCAUUCACAUGCACUCAGUGUGGGAAGAGUUUCAGCAUAUCAUCAUCCCUUAAUCUACACAUGAGGAUCCACACUGGAGAGAAACCAUUCACAUGCACUCAGUGUGGGAAGAGUUUUAACUACUCAUCACACCUUAAUCAACACAUGAGGAUCCACACUGGAGAGAAACCCUUCACAUGCACUCAGUGUGGGAAGAGUUUCAGCAUAUCAUCAUCCCUUAAUCUACACAUGAGGAUCCACACUGGAAAGAAACCAUUCACUUGCACUCAGUGUGGGAAGAGUUUUAACCGCUCAUCAAACCUUUAUCAACACAUGAGGAUCCACACUGGAGAGAAACCAUUCGUUUGCACUCAGUGUGGGAAGAGUUUCAGCCAAUCAUCAUCCCUUAAUAAACACAUGACGGUCCACACUGGAGAGAAACCAUUUACCUGCACUCAGUGUGGAAAGAGUUUUGGAAGAAAAGAAACUCUUAAAAUUCACAUGAGGAUCCACACUGGAGAGAAACCAUUCACAUGCACUCAGUGUGGGAAGAGUUUCAGCACAUCCUCAUCCCUUAAUAGUCACAUGAGGAUCCACACUGGAGAGAAACCAUUCACAUGCACUCAGUGUGGGAAGAGUUUCAGCAAAUCAUCAUCCCUUAAUCUACACAAGAUGAUUCACACUGGAGAGAAACCAUUCACAUGCACUCUGUGUGGGAAGAGUUUCAGCCAAUCAUCAUACCUUAAUCUACACAUGAUGAGCCACACUGGAGAGAAACCAUUCACAUGCACUCAGUGUGGGAAGCGUUUCAGCACAUCGUCAUCCCUUAAUCUACACAUGAGGAUCCACACUGGAGAGAAACCAUUCACAUGCACUCAGUGUGGGAAGAGUUUCAGCCAAUCAUCACACCUUAAAAAACACAUGAGAAUCCACACUGGAGAGAAACCAUUCACAUGCAUCCAGUGUGGUAAGAGUUUUAACUGCUCAUCAUCCCUUAAUCAACACAUGAGGAUCCACACUGGAGAGAAACCAUUCAAAUGCACUCAGUGUGGGAAGAGUUUUAACAACUCAUCAUCCCUUAAUCAACACAUGAGGAUCCACACUGGAGAGAAACCAUUCACAUGCACUCAGUGUGGGAAGAGUUUUAAGUACUCAUCAAACCUUAAUCAACACAUGAGGAUCCACACUGGAGAGAAACCAUUUAAAUGCACUCAGUGUGGGAGAAGUUUUAGUAAUCGGUCACAUCUUAAAAUUCACAUGAUGAUCCACACUGGAGAGAAACCAUUCACAUGCACUCAUUGUGGAAAAAGUUUCAGCCAAUUAUCAUCCCUUAAUCAACACAUGAGGAUCCACACUGGAGAGAAACCAUUCACUUGCACUCAGUGUGGGAAGAGUUUCAGCCAAUCAUCAUCCCUUAAUCUACACAUGAUGAGCCACACUGGAGAGAAACCAUUCACUUGCACUCAGUGUGGGAGAAGUUUCAUCCAAUCAUCAGACCUUAAUAAACACAUGAAGACCCACACUGGAGAGAAACCAUUCUCAUGCACUCAGUGUGGGAAGAGUUUCAGCCAAUCAUCAUCCCUUAAUCCACACAUGAUGAGCCACACUGGAGAGAAACCAUUCACAUGCACUCAGUGUGGAAAAAAAUUUCACUGCUCUUCACACCUUAAUCUACACAUGAGGAUCCACACUGGAGAGAAACCAUUCACUUGCACUCAGUGUGGGAGGAGUUUCAGCCAAUCAUCAGACCUUAAUAAACACUCGAAGACCCACACUGGAGAGAAACCGUUCACAUGCACUCAGUGUGGGAAAAGUUUUCACUGCUCUUCACACCUUAAUCAACACAUGAGGAUCCACACUGGAGAGAAACCAUUCACUUGCACUCAGUGUGGGAGGAAUUUCAGCCAAUCAUCAUCCCUUGAUCAACACAUGAGGAUCCACACUGGAGUGAAACCAUUCACUUGCACUCAGUGUGGGAGGAGUUUCAGCCAAUCAUCAUCCCUUAAUCAACACAUGAGGAUCCACACUGGAGAGAAACCAUUCACAUGCACUCAGUGUGGGAAGAGUUUCAACCGAUCAGCAAACCUUAAUAAACACAGAAAGAUUCACACUGUGGAGAGACAGUACAAGUGUUCACACUGUGACAAGAGGUUUAUUCAGUUAACACAUCUGAAAACACAAAAGAGGAUUUAUACUGGAGAGAAACUGUACAGAUCUGAUCAGUGUCUACAGAGUUUCGCUCAUUCGGCGCAGCUUAAGAAACACUUGAUGAACCACACUGGAGAGAAACCAUUCACAUGCACUCAGUGUGGGAGGAGUUUCAGCCAAUCAUCAUCCCUUAAUCCAGUCCACACUGGAGAGAAACCAUUCACAUGCACUCAGUGUGGGAAGAGUUUUAACUGCUCAUCACACCUUAAUCAACACAUGAGGGUCCACACUGGAGAGAAACCAUUCACAUGCACUCAGUGUGGGAAGAGUUUUAACUGCUUAUCACACCUUAAUAAACACAUGAGGAUCCACACUGGAGAAAAACCAUUCACAUGCACUCAGUGUGGGAAGAGUUUCAGCCAAUCAUCACACCUUAAUCAACACAUGAUGAUCCACACUGGAGAGAAACCAUUCACGUGCACUCAGUGUGGGAAGAGUUUCAGAAAAUCAUCAUCCCUUAAUCAACACAUGAUAAUCCACACUGGAGAGAAACCAUUCACAUGCACUUAAGCCGUGGUCACACUGGACUUUUCUCUUCAUAGACUUCUAUUCAUACGCACGCGAAUGCGUCAGUUCGGAAACGCAAGUUCGUGCAUCAAGUUUCGCAGUUCACUGCCUUGCAAAGUUCAAGCUUGGUGAACUCUUACCUUGGAAAUUGCAUCACUUGACUCAAUGGAAAAUCAAAACAUGACCUCUCUGGACAGAAAUUUAAAAUAUGGACCAAUUGCUCACUGUUUUUAAAUGUCUUAAUAUCUUGUUUAAUCCAGCCCCUUUUCGCAGCGUCAAACAACAGUAUUUUGCAUGCUCAAACUCUAGUGUGACCGCAGCUUCGGUGUGGAAUGAGUUUUGGCAACUCAUCAGACCUUAUAAACACAUGAAGACCCACACUGGUGCGAAAGAGUAUAUGUGCUUGAGUGUGAGAAGACUUUUUUACAGCUCCAAAAUUGAAACUGCACCAGACGAUUCACACUGGAGAGACCGUACAAGUGUUCACACUGUGACAAGAGGUUUAAACGGUUAACGUAUCUGAAAACACAAAAGAGGAUUCACACUGGAGAGAAACCGUACAGAUCUGAUCAGUGUCUACAGAGUUUCGCUCAUUCGGUGCAACUUAAGAAACACAUGGACAAAAAGUUGCACACAUGACAUGAUUGCAGCAAAACAUUUUCUCAUGUGCACAGGAUGUUUCAUGUCUGAAUAAGGUUUGAAAAGUAUGAUCCCAAGACUUUGUAAAAUGUGUUGAAAUAUCAUGAAAAAAAAAACCCAGAUACUUGAACUCCAUUUGGGGUAAGGACUCUCCUCCAAACUGGAUAUGGCCACCUUUUUCCAGUCAAGCACCAUGGUUUCUGACUUACAGGUGCUGUUUCUUUCCCUGCCAUGUCACACUCAGCAGCAAAUUGUCCCUCUGCAUGCUAAAGGUCCAUGUCAUAUGAAGCUAAAAGGACAACGUUAUCUACAAAUGGCAGAGACAGUCCUAGCCUGCACCUAAAAUUCUGUCAGUAAAAAUAUAUUUUUGAGAUCAUCCUCAAAAAUAACACAUUUACAAAAUAAAAUGAACAAAUAGAUGGAUGGAUAGACAUUGUAGUGGUGGAAGGGGAAGUAGGAUGGCUUGUUCAGCCAUAAACGAAGAUGGAGCUUUCUCAGGAGGGAUGGACCAGUGUGCGAGAUGUCUCACACUGAAGAUGUUAUUGUUCCAGAUAAAUUAAUUGAUUAAAUUAUUAAACUGUUUUCAAUAUUGUAAAGAAAUAUUUACGGGGAUAUAUGGAAGUAGAGAAGUAACUUUAGGAAGGCAAUUCAUUUUGAGCAUGAUAAUUUGUUAUUUUGAGUACCUCAGAGCAGUGGUUCUUAAUUCUGGUGCUUGUGCAAAAUUAGUUGACAAACAGCUAAAAUCUGAAAAUAUGACAUGUAAGAGCAAUUUAUUUAAAAACAAGGACAGGAAAGUGUUUGGUGUUUCAGGACAUAAGAGCAAGUAAUAAAAUAGGCUAUAGCCUAUAUUUCGCCCCGUGGAAUCCCAGCUUUGGCCUGAUCAGGCCCUGGAAGCGACAGUGGAAAAGCAACUGGACCUGGCUCGCUUGCUUUAGGCGCGAUAGUGGAAAUGCAGAUAAUGGUUCUGGUGGCUCUCAAUGGUUUGGAACACUGGUCAGUUUGUGUUGGCUUGUCACUGGGCUAACCCUAUCCAGUGGCAACACAGUAGUCCUCACUGUGGAGGGCAGAUUCUUAAAGGCAGCUCACUUUUAUUCCCUUCCCCAAAUUACCUUCAUCGAGGGAGACAGCAGCCAUUGUCUUGGACCACGUGUUCCGUAUUCAUAGCCUCCUAGUUGACAUGAUUUUAGUCAGGGGUCUCCAAUUUGUGUCCAGAUUUUGGGCAGAAUUCUGCCGACAGCUGGGGGCGACUGGUAGCCUUUCUCAUGAGCACCACCCACAGACCACUGGCCAGUCCUAGCAAGCUAAUCUGCAGCUGGA